AUGUACAUAGAGCCUGCAAUCGUACACAGCUGGAAAACAGCGCAGGAUGGCAUGUUGGACCAGUUAUGCCAGCGACAGAAAGUCAUUCUAGGUGGUGACUUGAGGGCUGACUCACCAGGACAUUGUGCCAAGUUUGGCAGUUACACGGUGAUGGACCUGACGAACAACACUAUUAUUGAUCUUCAGCUGGUUCAGAGCAAUGAAGUCGGAGGGAGUUACCACAUGGAGAAAGAGGGUCUGAAAAGGAGCCUCGCUCUCUUGGAGGCACGUGGUGUGACAUUGGAUAGCAUUGUCACAGACCGCCACCCUCAAAUCCAGAAAUUCCUGAGGGAGGCCAACAUCACACACUACUACGAUGUUUGGCACAUGGAAAAAGAAUGUGAGAAACUGAAGAAGUGGCUCCCCAGCAUAAAAAAACACAUCUACUGGACAGCCGCUACAUCAACAUCAGGGCCAGAGAGAGUGGCAAAGUGGACCUCCCUCCUUAACCAUGUCCAAGACAUCCACUCCCAUGAUGACCCUGUUUUCCCCCAGUGUUUGCAUCCGCUACGCAUUUCAAGGGACAAGAGCAAAUGGUUGACGGCAGGGACACCAGCCUUCAGCAGAUUAGAGAAGGUGUUGACCAACAAGAGGGUUCUGAAAGAUGUGGGGAAGCUGAGCCCUCACUACCAGACCUCGUCGUUGGAGUCUUUCCACAGCGUCAUUCUGCGUUUUGCGCCCAAAAACGUAGUCUUUCCUUUUCUUGGAAUGUUAUGCAGACUCUACCUGGCAGUCCUGCAUUUCAAUGAAAAUGCUGGGCGUCCCCAAGCAACAAGUUCAGCUGGUGAGCCGCUAUUUAAAGUGAACUUCCCAAAAUACAAGAAGGGCGAGUGCACUGCAAAGCCGGUGAAAGCAGAGCCAACCUUCCAGUACGUGGAUAACCUGUUGGACCUCAUCUUUCACGAGGUUUUUCAGAACCCGGCCCCAUAUGUGAAUGAGGUGCUGAAGAUCCCAAUACCCGCGGAUCUCUCUGCCCAGUUUGAGAAACCUGACAAGCGGGAAGUUGUAGCCAGCUAUGUGUCAAGGUUCAAUCGAGGGCAGGUCUGAACCCCGUAUACCUUCCUUGAGCAUCAGGGUACACUCUUCGUAUCUGGAGCACAACGCAGGACGGCAGGACCACCCUGAUUCUCCGGCCCAGAUAGCCCCAACACCAGCUAACAAAGCUUCUGUACGCCAAAUACCUGUAACGUCUAAGCAAAGUUUACAUUGUAUAAGAGAAUAAAAGGUGAUACACAUAUAUAAAUUAUUCCUUUGUUUACAGUAUGGCUACA